ACCCAAGAACGUCCAUUUCAGAGGAAAGACAGGAUGGAGUCAGACACAGAGAUUCCUGAGUUCAGCUCCUCUCUAGCAACAAAGACGCCAGACUGGAAGAAACCUGCCAUUCACAGCACUCCACAGGAGAUGGCUAUGGGCUGGAGCCCAAGGCCCCCCGGAAGAAACUUCCAAAGCCCCUGGUCCUUGAUAUCUAAAGACUCUCCCCAGCUGUCAGGGUUCAGCUCCACAGCCACCUUCAGAAAAAGGCUUUCAACUGUUGAGGACUUAGAGAGUUCCAGCGAGCAGGAGGGGCCCCAUUCAGACCACUUAGCUGCAGAGGAAGAACCCUGCAUGUCAGCCUCCUUGAACCAGGAGCAGCAUCAGAAGAAGACAGAGGCCCUGCUGGCAACGAGCUGGCCAAAGAACUCAGGGAUGCCUGGAAUCUCAGACACUGCCAGUCGAAAGAGACGAGACCCAAAGAAGCGGGCAGCUGCGAUGCAACGCUUGCGGCAAUGGGAGGCCCAGAUGCUUCAGGAAAUUGAGGAGGCAGUUCAUCAUGAACUUACCAUUCAAGAGGAGGGGAUCCUUAGCACUGAGCUCCCUGACCAAGCCCAGGGGCCACUUAGCAUCAGUACAGUCAGAAUAGAUUCCCAGGACCCUGCUGCCAUGGCAUGACUUAAUUGUCUACACCACACACUCCAGGUGGUCCAGGAGCGGGCCUGCAGCUGGGAUUCUGCACAGGAACUUCAGAUUCCACACAAUGUUCUGAGUGGUCAUUUACUUUAUAUUUAAACAUCUGCAUGUUUUACAAGCUACUUCCUAUUAAAAUAAUUCUCUAUUUUCAUUUGUGCAAUUAUCUGGUUAUAAAAUCAGCCUUGUGAACGUGUCAGAACUUUACUAAUUUUUCAAAGACAGAAUACUAUUUUUAAAACCUGAUUAGAACUGUGUAACAUGAAGAUGAACGCAUCAGAGAAAAGCUCGUCCAAUCUUCAUUAUUAAAAAUAAACUCUUUUCAUGAG